CAUUUCAAAUCAUAAGUAAUAAACAUUAAGUUUUUAAUGCAAAUUCUUUUUAUUUGCUGCAUGCAAUUGAUUGGUCAAUGAUGGUUAACUAUCUAGUUGAGAAAGCCAAGUCAUAUCCACUAACAAUUGUUAUGGUCGAGCCGAGACAGCUGCAGCUCCCGGCGGCGGCUGCGUCCUCAGCCACAAGCGAAACUCUUGCUUGGGAUUCGUUUGUGCUGCCACAGAAUGUGUACGCUAGAGAUGUAUUGCGUUUGAUCAGUGGCUUGGCCAAUGUGGUGCAGUUACUGACGCGUAUUAAUGACAUUGCUACGCAUGAGCUGCUGCAGCAUCCGGAACGCGUGCAGGGCUUUCAGAUGAUGCGUAGACUGCUCGCCUAUACGGAUGAGACCCAUACGCAAUUAGUGCAGCGCACACUGGACUCACCGUUGAGGGAGUCAAGACCAGUAAGACUCCAGCUGGGGAAUACGUUUUACACCAGGAGCAGUUUGAGUGGAUUUUUAGAAAUUGAAACAGCAAAUGAUGCAGCAAGCGAUGGAAAUGAUAACUAGUUGCAUUUUUGCAUGUAAAUAAUUUUAAAUUGUUUGUGAAGAAGUUACAUCAGACUAAUAAGUAUUUAACCAAAGUAA